GCGUUUGAUGCGGAGCGAAUGCACUGGUACUACAAGCUGUUAGCCCGCCGACCCUAUCUGGUGUUGAUGUCCGUCGGGAUGCUUUCCAUUACCUGCAUUAUCGUUGCACUUUCCACACGCAAACUACCCGACUUCGAUGAUCCCACCUUGGGUUUCGAAGCUCGCGGAACAUCGAUUGGCAAAAGGUGGACGGCAUGGCGCAAUCUAUUGGAAGAAACGGGCGCUUCCGGGGGCCUGGUGGCCAAUCCCAAGGAACUAACACUUGGCACCAACAAUCAGAUACACUGGAACCGUGGUACGCUCGUUCCAAAACGGCGAAAGCAUAAAUCUAAAAAGAAAGAUUCCACCGAGGGGAAGAAAAAAUCUUCGCAGUCAAGCAAAUCCAUGCGGCUCUUGAAGGACAUGUACCAUAACCAGACAGUUACAACGAUAGGGGGAAGCGGUGGUGAGCUCAUAAGUUUCGAGGAGUACGACAACGAAACCGUGACUAGUCGUGGUAGCCGAAUGGAGGUAUGGGAGUACGGGAAGAAUCAAACGUUUUACACGGACGAGAUUGGUAAUAAGACGAUGGAAAAGAAACGCGCCAAGUGGGACACGUUGCGGAAGUUGAAACCGCCACCGGAACCGGUCGAAAUGCACAUUCCCUCCGAUGGCUUCUUCUGUGAAUCACCAAACAAAGAAUACGCACAUUUGGUAGCGCAGCGUAUAAAUUACAAUCUGAAUGAUACGCUGUUCGAGUUAAACGCCUUUCUGGCACUGUGCGAGUUGGAGCAACGUAUUGUUACAGUGGAACACUACGAGGAUAUUUGCCAGCGCGAACUGACCACCAACAGUUGCUGUCGCCCGUGGUCGGUCGUCAACUAUGUCACCUUUCUCUCCAAUAAAACUUCCUGCUUCGAGCUGAACGAGGAGGACGUAGCGAUGGCCAAAACGCUGCUGUUUGACUGCUUCCCGUACUAUCGCAGCAUGAAGCUGAGUAACGAUUGCCUGCGUUCGAGCUGCACGGCACCGACUGAGUGCCAACAGCACAACGCUGUCUACAACAUCCUGCACUACCUGGCCAGUUCGGAUUUUAUUCGUCAAAACGAAUCGGCUGAAUUUUUGAACGCAACCAUGAUCUUCUUACCAAUCGCCCGAAGCACAAAAUCGAUGGAAUUUUAUCACAGCAUCAGCCAAGUAAAGCUUGCCAAUGACCUAGUGGCGAUUGUGGCAAUGGAUUUGGGUCUCAAGAAUGCACUGUUUGACGAAUGUUUGCUGCGAGACGGAUGGCUGAUCGGAUUGGGAGGCAUCUUUGUUGUACUCUGCAUGUGGCUCUACACUGGGUCGCUUUUCGUGACAAUCAUGACUGUGACGGCGGUCGCUUUUUCCUUAGGCAUAGCCUACUUCAUCUACUCAUUUGUUUUCGAGCUUACGUUCUUUCCCUUCAUGAAUCUGCUGGCCGUUAUUGUUGUUGUCGGUAUCGGGGCCGAUGAUGCAUUUAUCUUUUUGAAGAUCUGGCAAUGUACAAUCGCCGAUCAGUUGAAGAAAACGGACGGUGCUGCUGGCGCUAUAGUUAUCCCGAUCGCGCCCACUUCAGGAUCGUGCAGCAUGGAAUUGAGCGGAACGGUGCGCCCUUCUGACGCCCUUGUCGAAAUUAUGGGUAGCACUUUACGCCAUGCUGCUCUUUCGAUGCUCGUAACGUCGCUGACGACAGCAGCGGCCUUCUACGCGUCGUAUGUUAGCUCUAUAACGGCUGUUCAAUGUUUUGGAAUCUUCUCCGGGACAGCGGUUAUGGCGAAUUACUUUCUAAUGGUCACAUGGCUUCCGGCGGCCGUUUCUAUUGCGGAACGUAUAUCUUGCCUGAUGCUGCUGAAGCCAUUCACCCCCCUGACGGCCUUGCGCUGCAACGGACCGUUCGUGACAUUCACACGUAUCAGCCGCCGCGUCGAGGACACCAUCAUCGGGUUGGUGAUUAAUCUGCCGCUUGUGUGGAUAGCACUCCUCGGAUUAAUCGGCAUACUAAGCGGCGUACUGGUGCUCCAUUGGCCAAAAUUGCGGUUACCAGAUUCACCAGACUUUAAGCUGUUCAUCAGUAACCAUCCUUUCGAACGGUACGACAGUGAGUACAAGGAUAUGUUUUGGUUCGAAAAGAUGUAUACCGCGACGGAAAGCUUCAAAAUUCCGCUCCGCUUCGUUUGGGGCGUGCUGCCCGUCGACCGGGGGAACUUUCUCGAUCCGGAGGCACGCGGCGAGUUGUACUAUGACAACACGUUCGACAUGAGUGCCCCGGAAUCACAACGGUGGUUGCUGCAGUUUUGUCGGCGUAUCAAAAACCAAACCUUUUACCAGACCAGCUACGGAUUGCUGCUACCGAACUGUUUCAUCGAGAAUUUUAUUAGCUGGAUGGGCAGACGAUGUAACGAUUCGAUGGGUGAAAUUGAUCGAACGCCGUGCUGUGAAGUAUCGCCGUUUCCGUUUGCUCCGGAAAUCUUCGAUCAGUGUUUACCCGAGUCAAUCUCGUCGUUGUACGAAACACCGCGUGAAUUUUUCAUACCGGGCGUGGCGGGGCCUAAGUUUGCUCGCAGUUCCUUCGUUCUCGAAGGAUCCGCUACGGAUAUUAGGCGGGAGCCGCCGGAGAGCAACGGCAAGAUGGUUAAGGCGGUCGUUAUCGAGUACGAGAGCACACAAAUCUUCACUAUGUCGUACACGGAGAUAGAUGCCUUCGUACGCUCGGUGGAGCGCUGGUUAGCGGACCAGCUCCAAGAUGCACCCCCCACAAUGGCCAACGCGUGGUUCACCAGCGAGCUGGAAUUCUUCGACCUGCAGGAUACCCUCUCCACCGGCACGCUGGUUGCGAUCGCGAUGGCUAUGGCGGUGGCUUUACUCGUGCUAAUGCUCGUAACACUCAACGUGCUAAUCUCUCUCUAUGCAAUUGUGACGGUGACGUUAACGAUUCUGACCACGGUGGCCAUAUUGGUGCUGCUGGGCUGGAAGCUGAACGUACUCGAAAGUGUGGCCGUUAGCACGGCGAUCGGUUUGGCGGUCGAUUUUAGCCUCCACUAUGGUGUACACUAUCGGCUCUCGACCGAGCCCGAUCGUCGCUCAUCGACACAAUUUUCGCUACACCGCAUGCUCGGACCGACGGCUAUGGCCGCCAUCACGACAGGGAUUGCCGGUGCACUUAUGCUGCCCUCGAGGGUGCUCGCCUACAUUCAGAUUGGAGUGUUUCUAGUCAUUGUCAUGACGAUCAGUUGGGUGUACGCGACAUUCUUCUUGAUGAGUUUACUGUGCGUCAUCGGUCCUCAGUACGGCUUUGGUCAGUUUCGUUAUCCGAAGCUACUGGGAGGUUCGCUGCGCAGCGAUGGUGGCAAGUCAUCCACGGAGCUCGACAACAGUGAGGUGUCUCGGCAUAAUACUCAUCAUCAUCAUCAGAGCACGGUUACGGAGCAGCUGCUGUCGAACUCCAGCUCUGCUGCCGGCGAUCUCGUCGGUUCGGAGUCGCACGAGCUCGAUUCGCUAACGUCGAACUCGAUCAUCAAACCCAUUGGGCUCGAUAUUGCCCGGCCGAUCAACUUCGAUCGGGCAUUUAAGAAGAAGUACUCGCUCCCACGGGAGCAAAGCCCAUCCACGGCGAGUGCGAUCACGAUGGUGUUACCCGAUGAUGUCGAUUCUCGCAUGCUGGCAAGUGGUGUACAGUGAUUCCAAUACACUUUAUUUUACGAAAAACCGACAUCAAUGAUGGGAACAGGAAGAAGGCCCACUAUUAGACGCAGGAAUCAAAUCAGAUUCCAAGUUAAUUGUACUUAGAGAAGCAGCCCGUUUGUAUCAUAUUGAUUAUAUUUGUGUGUUGCGGGCGGCCACUACGUUAGCGCUAAACCGGCGAUACUUCCGGCUCUAGAGCUUGCUUCCGGCGCCACCUUCUGACUGGUUACAAUUGCAAUGGUUUGUUAAGUGUAUUUGAGUAAUAGGAGCAAGAUAAAAGUGGAAAAUCCAUUUUCUCGUUUGUUGAGCCAGCAGUUAUAGAAUGUUGAAAAGUGCUAAGAAGAACAGGUAGAAACUUCCGCUAGAGCAGUGGUAAAUGAUCUCAUUUGGGCGAAGGUUUGAAUAUAGAGGAUGGUUUAAUGCUGCAGCCAACUGCCGUGUUUAGUGAUUAGAAAGUUAUCGUUGCCAAAUCAUCGAAGGCUUCUAUAGGACAAGCACAAGCAAAUCGUUUCGAAAACGCGUGAAAGAUGCGCUUAAUGUUGUACGUAAUAUGCUAAUACUUCCGCCGUGAAGAAAGUUGGAUGUAAGAAAGGGGGCUUUGAGCAGUGGCUCCGUGGGGCUACAAUCGGUUCACUUUACGUAUGCUCCGUAGACACACCUGCAUGUUGGGAAAACAAUUAGUGGAACCACGUUGUGAUACAUAUAUAUAUACCAUAUUAUACUAAUAAUCGAUUAUUGUUGGAAAAAACAGGUUUUACAGUGUUAAGGGAAAAGCCAUUUAAAGAGUUACUAAGGAAUAAUUCGAAGGAGCAGUAAAAUUGCUCAAUGUCGUACAAACAAGGAAAUGAAAUGCAAAACCAAAGAAGUGGGUUUGUGCAAUUUCAUCGCUCCCGUCCGCCAACCAGCAAGACGGAUGCUACAGCCCCAAUCGCGGCGUUCGUGAGCUUGCAGUAGAGCGUGGCUGUCGAGAAAGUCGAUCGAUCGAGAAAAGGAUGUGUUUGAACGAAUUCGAAGAAUAA